UCACUCACUGAAGAAUAAAACAUAUCGAGUGAAUUCAAAGCUGAUUCCUACGUAGAGGGCCGUUGCUAAUUGUUCUUCCCGCGAUAUAACUAUAUAAGUCAUCCAUGGUAUUAUGUUAUGCCGAGGCGCACAGCAUAUUCCUACCAAGCAGUCAGUCAUUAUAUCUUCAACUGCCAUUUAUAUGCCCUAUUAUGCAUGUAUCGAAAAUCUGUCACUCCGCUAAUGACAUUAACGGCUUAGACCCUGAAACGAAGCCUUGUUACUUAAUCCCAGUGCCUCAACAAAGACACGGCUAAUCCCAAUCCGUGUGUAGUGCCGAGGAAAGAGGGCUUUGUAGUCAUGGUAGGUUGUUAUAGGACUUUAAGGACGCUUCUACCCCAGGUACACGUAAUCUACCCAGUGAGCCGUUCACAUUGCCGGGUGUUGAGGGAGGACCUAAGAAACGAGACUUAAGUUGACUAACUUGAUUAUCGAUUUUUUUGAGAAUUUAUUUCUUAUCGAUUUAAACAUGGUGUUGACAGUUGUGACAUGAUCCAGCGGUGAAACUAUCUUGUUGGUGCGCGGUUUCACGGGACUUCACUAUUUCGUGUAAGUGCACUGCAAGAUUGGCCAGCAUGGAUGUGUAGUUUCUCCAUGCUCUCAAUACACGGGGGACAGUGCGUCCGCCUCAAGGAACCAUAGCCAGUGUUGUGUGAGCGGGGAAGACGUGAUUCAGCGUCUGGGACAUUGAUACGGGAAACGGUACAUCGAAAUAACCCCAGGAACCACAGACAGCGUUUGUUGAGAGAAGUGAUUCGGUGAUUCGGUUUCCUGGAAUACUAGACGUGUUGGUUUAGAAGACGAGACAGUGUUGGUAGUUAAGGCGUGAUUCACGCUCAAUGAAGACGAGACAUUAUUGCUGAAAGUGCGCUAGGUAUUCUCCGUGAGGACUAGACAGUGUAGCUUUAGUAGACGUGAUUCACUCUCAAGGAAGACGUGACAGUGUUGGUCGUUAAGGCGUGAUUCACGCUCAAUGAAGACGAGACAUUAUUGGUGCACGUGAUUCACUCUCAAGGAAGACGUGACAGUGUUGGUCGUUAAGGUGUGAUUCACGCUCAAUGAAGACGAGACAUUAUUGUUGAAAGUGCGCUAGGUAUUCUCCGUCAGGACAAGACAGUGUUGCUUUAGUAGACGUGAUUCACUCUCAAGAAAGAAGUGACAGUGUUGGUAGUUAAGUCGUGAUUCACGGUCAAUGAAGACGAGACAUUAUUCUGGAAUGUGCGCUAGGUUUUCUACGUGAGGACCAAACAGUGUUGCUUUAGUAGACGUGAUUCACUCUCAAGGAAGUGUAGACCUUCGUUGUAAAGGAGUAAUUCACUCUCAAGGAAGGGUAGAUAGUGUUGAAAAGACGCGAUUCAGAAGACUAGACAGUGUUUCUCGAGAAUACGUGAUUUACGCUGAAGGCAGACAGGAGAGUUUUGGUAUAACAGGCGUAAACCACUCCCCAGGACGACAAGACAGCGUUUGCCGAGGAGACGUGAUUCAUUCUCCCGGAAGACUAGAGAGUAGAGGGUGAGCGUAGAAGCGUUGGAGACCUGUUUGUAUCAAGACAUGUAGAUUGAAGGAGAUACAAGUACAGCACAUUAAGCGUAUAGUCUUAUGUCACUUGAGGUCGUCUUCGUUCCUUCUCCAUCGUCGAGUGUCUAUAUCUAAUAGAGGUCUAGACUUUGGUGUGUAUUAUAUUGAGGAAGGAAACACCUGUCAGAGGAAUUAGCAAUUAAAUCUGAAGUGAAAAUCUGCAAGUCUUACCGGAGGAGGCCAUUGGCGAAGACGAACGGACAAAUCAAUCGUAAACGGUAUAUAUACAGUUUAACUGUUUAUGGAAAUAAAGUAAAUCCGUCGCCAAGCUUUUAUUUUUUGGUCUACCCCUUUCAAAUCACCGAGAACUAAUAAAAAGGACCGAGGCCAACUGAGAGUCCUCGGAUUAAGGCCAUGACGUCCAGAAGCGCUAGUCCCCGGAUUAAAGCCAUGACGUCCAGAAGCGCCAGUCCUUGGAUAAAGACCAUGACGUCCAGAAGCGCCAGUCCUCGGAUAAAGACCAUGACGUCCAGAAGCGCCAGUCCUCGGAUUAAGGCCAUGACGUCCAGAAGCGCCAGUCAGUCCCAGGUGUAUGUGCGACAGAGUACGGGAGCUCCCGACCGAGUGGUUGACAUCAGUGUCGGAGGAGCAGGCAGCGUUUACCUCCCUUGUUUCAGCUCGCCACCUCGAUUCCUCCGAUCAAAAUCGGCCUUCAAGUUCUCCAUCGAUGGCGCAUCUCCCAAUUUGCUGACGCCUGCCGACAGAAGAAAGCCCGACCUGCUGACGUCUGUUGUGUAUGAAGGGGAGGUUGCAGACAUUGUCAACAGACUCCGGCGUCCGACAAUCUCGACGAAACGUAAAACUGUGAAACUUUAUCCCAAUUUGGGGUACGUUGAUAUGAACUUUUAUUCCUGGAAGAACAUGCAGCUGUACUCGGACUACCAGAGGACUAUCUUUAAUGAAAACGGAGCAGUCAAACCCUCAUUUAGAAGAUGCGGACAAAGGAAUUCUUGGAUGUGACAUAACGUUGUUGUUCCAUCUAAAAGAUGAUAUUGUUUUAUGACCCCGUUUACAAUUUCCCAGUAUUUCAAAUUGUUGUAAGCUGCAUAAAUAAAUAACGUUUCUCAAAAGCGAGGAUGGAGGUAAACCUUGUUUUUAUUUAAAAAAUGAUGAGGGAGGAAUAUAUAAUAUUUUUCCCCACAAAGAAUACCACAAACAAGACUCGAAUUUCAAGACAAAGUCAGUUGUCAAGCAUGGGUCUGCUUCAUAUGAUGCAGGACAUUUAAAACAUACCGUAUUCAACGUAAUAAGCGCCCAGGGCGCUCUCAAAAUUAGAAAUAGGGGGCGCUUAUUAGAAUAUUAUUUUGAGUUGAAAGAUCGUAAAUUUCGUGGUUUAUGCUAACAGCCUGA